AUGUGGUUCGCGAACCUCCACGGAAUAUCUAUCACAGAUAGGCUUACGGCGGUAUCUGAAUCUCUAUCUAUAUGGGCCUCACAUGCACGUCGCAAUGCCCAUCGCACAAAGAAUAAGCUGCAAAACCAGAUAUCGGCUCUUCAAGGGAGAAGCGAUUCUUUCUCUAUUUCUAAGAUGAGUCAGGUGAGGAAAGAACUAGCUGAAGUACUACUCCGUGAGGAAGCUCAUUUGAGGCAAAGAGCCAAACAGCACUGGCUAAAAGAUGGCGAUAGCAAUACUCGGUUUUUUCAUGCGAUGGCGUCCUCCCGGAAAAAGAAAAAUUCGAUAGCUCAACUCUAG